CUGGCAGGGUUGAGUAAGUUGAAAUCACGCUUUUUUUACCCUUCACUGCUCCGCCAUAGAAACAGAACCCGCCUCUGUGUGAGAAAAGGAAAGUAGCAGAGUGACAAACUGUAAACGAUAGAAGACGAAGAAAAGAAGGGAAGAAGAAAGAAAAGCAGCGACUCCCUCGUCUGUUCGCAUUUCUCUCUCACUUCCUCAACUCCCCGUCUCUCUCUCUCUCUCUCUCUCUCUCUCUCUCUCUCUCUCUCUCUCUCUCAUACACACACUCUGUCUCUCCGUCGUUCACAAGGAAAGAAAAUGAAGGGAAAGGAAGGACACUUCUCCGUGCGCGUCGGAGUCGAGUGAAAGUUUGCCGAAGGAAAAGAGGAAGCAGCAGCAGGACGCAGACGGGAAGGAAAGUGUAAACUACGCGGAUGAACCGAGCCUGUCGAGUUGUACACUGUAACACACUUUACCGGACUGUAACACACUUUACCGGACUGUAACACACUUUACCGGACUGUAACACACUGUACCGGACUGUAACCAGCUCGCCUGCUCGUUAAUGUGUGACUCAGUGCUGAGUGACUUUCGCACACUCGCUCCUCUUUAUUUCACACACUCAAGUUCGUGCGGUCAUCACCGGAGUCGGAAACUCGCUCCAGGAGCCCUCUCAGGAGUGUGUGUGUGUGUGUGUGUGUGUGUGUGUGAGAGAGAGAGAGUGAGUGAGACAGUACUGUGGACCUGACGAAGACGAGGACAGGCUGUUAUUGCAGCCAUGGCCGGGGCGAAACCGGGAGUGCACGCGCUCCAGCUCAAACCGGUCUCCGUGCACGAACUCCUCAAAGGGGGAAGCAAGUUUAUUAAAUGGGACGAGGAACCCAACAGCGGGCAGCCCACGCUGGUCACCCUGAAAGUGGAUCCUGAAGGAUUCUUCCUCUACUGGUCCAGUGGAUCAAGCACCGAGGUCGAGAUUGUGGACAUCAGCCAUAUCAGAGACACCAGAAGAGGGAAGUUUGCCAAGAUACCAAAGGACCCACGUUUGCGUGAUGUGCUGGGCUGUGGAAAAGGAGAGGGCAAUCUGGAGGCUACAACUCCGAAGUUAAUAACAGUCGUCUACGGCAACGACCUGGUCAACAUCUCUUUCCUUAACUUCCAGGCCAUGCAUGAGGACAUUGCCAAGGUGUGGACUGAAGAGCUGUUUAAACUUGCCAUAAACUUACUGUCCCAAAACGCCUCGCGCAACACCUUCUUACUCAAGGCAUACACCAAGCUAACACUGCAGGUCAACCAAGAUGGGAAAAUCCCACUAAAGAAUAUUCUUAAGAUGUUCUCUGACAAGAGGCGAGUGGAGACAGCGCUGGAGCAGUGCAACCUCAUGGCUAACAGGGCAGAUGGGAUCAAGCAAGAGGAUUUCACCUGGGAAAUGUUCCAGAGCUUCCUGAACAAAAUGUGCCUGAGGACUGAGAUCGACCGCAUCUUCAUGGAGCUUGGCUCUAAAGCAAAGCCCUUUCUUACCCUGGAUCAGAUGAUGGACUUUGUCAACCGUAAGCAAAGGGACUCACGGUUGAACGAGGUUCUCUACCCACCCCUCAAGCGAGAGCAGGUACGACAGCUCAUGGAAAAAUAUGAGACUAACCCCCACCAGCUGGAAAGAGACCAGAUCUCUCUAAUGACAUUCAGUAAAUAUCUGGGGGGAGAGGAAAACGCAGUGGUUCCCUCGGAAAGGUUCGACAUCAUGGACGAUAUGAACCAGCCGCUCUCUCAUUAUUUUAUCAACUCUUCGCACAACACCUACCUCACAGUGGGUCAGUUAACAGGUCUGUCCUCAGUGGAGAUGUACAGACAGGUUUUGCUCACCGGUUGCCGGUGUAUCGAGCUGGACUGCUGGAAAGGCCGUCCACCCGAUGAAGAGCCCAUUAUAACACACGGCUUCACCAUGACAACCGAAAUCCCCUUCAAGGAGGUGAUUGAAGCCAUUGCUGAGAGUGCUUUUAAGACCUCUCCCUACCCCCUCAUCCUCUCCUUCGAGAAUCAUGUUGACUCCGCACGGCAGCAGGCUAAGAUGGCGGAAUACUGUCGUUCCAUAUUCGGUGAUGCCUUGCUUAUCGAUCCUUUAGAGAAAUACCCGCUGGUCCCAAGUCAGUUGUUGCCCAGUCCUCAGGAGCUGAUGGGGAAAAUCCUGAUAAAGAACAAGAAAAAGCAUCACCACGGCACAUCUAACGGAGGCAGCGUCAGACGCAAAGAGGGAGCAGACGAGCAGGCCUCGUCUCUCAACGAUGCUCCAUUGCCUGAAUUGGAGACAAGCCAGAUCAUGUCCAAUGGGGGUGAGAAGCUUGCAGAGAGGUUGAGCAAAGACAGUGACAUGCAGAAGUCUAUUGAUCGGGGGGAUGGAGAUAGUGAUGAAGAGGAGGAGGAAGAGCCAGUGGCAGACCCCAAAAAGCACCAAUCAGAUGAGGGAACAGCAUACAGUGAAGUCAAUGCUACUGAAGAGAUGUCCACAUUGGUCAACUACAUUGAACCAGUCAAAUUCAAAACUUUUGAAUUGGCAGCCAAAAGGUCCAAGUUUUUUGAAAUGUCAUCCUUUGUGGAGACCAAAGGCAUGGACAUACUGAAGAAUUCCCCCAUUGAAUUUGUGGAAUACAAUAAGAAGCAGUUGAGUCGGAUCUAUCCCAAAGGCACUCGUGUGGAUUCCAGUAACUACAUGCCCCAACUCUUCUGGAAUGUAGGCUGCCAGAUGGUGGCGCUAAACUUCCAGACUCUUGAUCUACCCAUGCAGCUAAACCUGGGGGUGUUCGAGUAUAACAGCCGCAGUGGCUACCUGCUCAAGCCCGAGUUCAUGAGGCGCACAGACAAACACUUUGACCCCUUCACUGAGAACAUAGUGGAUGGCAUUGUGGCUAACACUGUCAAGAUCAAGAUUUUGUCUGGUCAGUUUCUGACCGAUAAGAAGGUGGGAGUGUAUGUUGAAGUCGACAUGUUUGGGCUUCCUACUGACACCAAAAGGAAGUACCGCACCAAAACUUCUAAUAACAACUCAAUGGACCCCGUGUGGGAGGAAGAGCCUUUCGUCUUUCUUAAGGUGGUGUUGCCCACACUAGCCUCAUUAAGAGUAGCUCUCUUUGAAGAGAACGGGAAGUUCAUAGGCCAUCGGAUCUUACCAGUAGUGGCUUUACGUCCAGGAUACCAUUACAUUAAUCUGAAGAAUGAGCUCAAUCAGCCGCUCCUGCUUGCCACUCUCUUUGUAUACACCGAAGUUCAGGACUACAUUCCAAACGAGCAUCAAGAGUAUGCUGAGGCUCUGACCAAUCCAAUCAAACAUGUGCUGGAUCAGCGAGAGAGGCAGCUGGCUGUGUUCAUGGAGGAUAACAAUGAGGUUAGUAAGCGAGUCCAUGACAAGCCAGAUGAGAAACUAGAUUUCACCCCUAUGCCCACUCCUGUGUGCCAGUUCCCCUUGCCCUCGCCGCCCCUCCCACCUGUGGUGGCUGAAGUAUUGACCGCCCCAGCUCAGAAAGAAGACCUGAUCCUCAAUAUAUUAGCAGUGAUCGAUCCCCAGUCUAUUGAAGAGCUGAAGCAGAACAAGUCCUAUGUAAAGUUGUUGAAGAAACAAUGCAAAGAACUGAAGGAGCUUCGCAAGAAGCACCUUAAGAAGGUGUGGGCCCUCAGCAAGGAGCAGAAGACGAGGUGUAACAAGCUGAACUCCGACAUCCAGAGACGCAAGAGUCAAGCGGAGAAAAAGCUGCGGCUCAGCGUGAAGAAAAAUGAGCCUGAGGAGCCUGUGAGGACUGAGCUGAGUGCUCUGGAGGUGGAGCUGGAGAAUCGGACAGUGCAGCUGAGAGAGUGGCAGAUGAAGGAGCUGCUUGACCUGCGAAAGGUACAACACCAGUUGGAAAGAGAAAAGAAGUAUGCUCAUCUUGAAGAGUCCUUUAAGAAACUAAGAGGAGUUGCUGAGGAAUGCCAGAUAGAUCAGAUCAAGAAACUCAAGGACAUAUGUGACAAAGAGAAGAAGGAGUUGCAGAAGAUUUUAGACAGAAAAAGGCAGAACAGCAUCAUAGAAGCUAAAAAGGGGGAUAAAGAGAAGGCUGAGUCGGAAGUGAACGAGAUAAAUAAAAAACAUAUCCAGGACUCGGUGAACUCACUGCGCAAGUUGGAUGAAACUCAGGAGAAGCGUCAAGAGAAGCUGAAGAACCAGCAGAGAGAAAUCUUACAGAAAAUAGAAGAGGAGCAACCACUGCACCGGCUGCGUUUGGAACAUGACUGCGACGCCGAGCUCGAGCGCUUACCCGAGGAGAUCUGUCGAUACCUACAGGGUGAGCUAGAGAGCAAAGGCCUGCGCAGCGACGCCCUGUUCAGCCAAGACAGUGCCGGCUCAGGCCCACCCUCCAACUGCAGCACUCCUUCUUUCAACUCUCCCAAUCACAACUCGAGCAUGGACAACAGCAUGGCCUCGCUGGACAACUCCUCAUCCUCCAGCACCAUCACGUCCGAAUCGGAGCUCACGGCCAUUUAAAUCCUACCUGAUCAUCGUAUCGCUUUGUCCUCUCAUGCCAUUCUCCCUGGAUCCUGGUGAUAGAAGUAGUAUUACAGUUUAAAAGCUUUUAAAGGAUUUCAGUAGCUUUAUUUUUCCCAUGCCCCUUUUAAAGUCUGCUUUUAUUUCCUCUUCAAUGAUUUAUUUAUAUAUAUAUAUAUAUAUAUAUAUAUAUAUAUAUAUAUAUAUAUAUAUAUAUAUAUAUAUAUAUAUAUACUUAUGUCUGUGUUAAGCACUUGUGGAAUGGAGGGAUUUUUUUAAACAAGAGACUCUUUAUUUAUUUCUGUGGUAUGAUAUGAGGGAGUUAGAUGUUUAACUGUAGUGCUCUGCCUUGUCCAGCAGGUGGCAGUGUAACUUUAGUGGUGUAGAGUGAGUUUAGUGACUGGGCGAUACGAACGCAAGGCGUAAUCUGAAUGGUACUUGUUUACAUAAUAAUGCACAGAUGGGCAAUCCUAUAAGCCAGACCAUCAUCUCUCCUCCCUACGGGGCUAUAAAGUUAAUUCCCACUGCAUAUUUCUGCAGCAUUCGAAAUACAUCAACGUAAUUGUUAUUGUGUGUGCACACGUGUGUGUGUGUGUGUGUGUGUGUGUGUGUGUGUUAGAAGCAAGAAAAAGAUUAGAUGUGAUGAAUAUUGUUUUUUGUUUUCCCAGUAAUGCAGAGUUCCCCCUCCCCCUGUCCCCCAUCUCCCCCUCAUCCACCUCCCCCCCCCCCCCCCCCAUGCCCCCUCUCCUUCCCUACAGCCUUGAGUGUGUGGUGUGGCUUAAUCUAAUCCCUGCUCUAAUUCUGUGUGUAAUUGGUGUGCCAGUCCCAUGCACUGCAUAUCCAAAACCACUACUGUUCAGGAAACUGGACACGGUUCUAUUGUUCAUGUCGUCUAUUCACACUCUGGAUGUGUUAAUUCUGUCGCUCUGGUUACUAGAAUGUGAAACUAUAAGAGUGUGUGGUCUCAGCGGUCAGGUCUAGCCAAAGCAAUCGCCACAUAUACCCAAACAUACAGGCUGUGCAAACUUUUCUCUUUUAGGUUUUGUUUCAAAAUGUGGAAAUCUGAUUGUUACUACAUCGUCAUUACACUUUCUUCUUCUUGCCAGCAACUCAAGGAAGCCCCAGAGGUUGCAUUUCCUCAUUUGUGAAUGGAAACAAGGUCGCUGGUUCGGGCAAAUGACUUCUUAAUAUCACACUUUUUGGAUGGAGUUGGGUUGUUUGUCUUAAAGGGAAAUAAUGUACCAGUAGACUACAAAAUCCCAAAUGCAGCAAGACAAAAUAUAGAAGCUUUAACACACACGUUUUAGAAAACGAGGGAUACAUCAAUCCGACACGGGGCUGAUAUUAGCUCCAGCCGAUGGAUAAGUAUUGAAUCGGAUUUGACAUGCUUCCCAGUCUGUUCCCCUUGCUUUUAUUUUGUGCUCCAUCGUGCCCUGCUGAGUUUCGCAUCACAUUGCAGCAGAUACUAUUUUUUUCAGGAUGUCAGCUUGGUUACUUGGAGCAUGCUAAUGUCAGAUUGGUCCUAAAUCGAUGUGAAAAUGAGAAACGGCAUAUUACGUGCAUCCUAAAAGAAAAUGAGAAGAAAUCCAAAAAGGCUCGUGCUGACACAUUGUUCGCACAUUUCUUUUAGGUUAUGUCACAAAUUGUGGAAAUCUGAUUAUUACUUCAUCUUAUUUACACUUUCUUCUUCUUGCCAGCAAUUCAAGGAAGCCCCAGAGGUUGCAUUUCCUCAUUUGUGAAUGGAAACGAGGUCGCUGGUUAAAAUCACACUUUUUUGGAUGGAGUUGGGUUGUUUGUCGUAAAGGGAAAAAAAAAAAAAAAAAAAAAAAGAGAGAAACGGCAAAUGUGCAUCCUAAAAGAAAAACUAUUCAAAUGAGAAGAAAUUCAAAAAAGGCUCAUGUUAGUUCAUGCUUCGCAUUGUCUCUCUAACUGAGCCUGUUUCAAGCCAGUCUCAUUCACUCCAUUCUUUCCUCUCGUCUUUGUUCUGACUCCUGGGCACAUGGCUGAGCUCCAGCGAGCUCUCCAGGCUGGCAAUUCCACUUGACCCACUGUACCAAAGGCAAAAACAUGCUGCUCCAUUGCUUUUUAAUCACAAUCUUAUAAGCUCAUGUAAUACAGAGACACAAUGAUAUGGGGUGCUAAUGGAGCACUCACACACUUCAUUAUGAGCAAUGAUUAGCAUAUUGCAGCGUGUGUGAUUGUAAGUGUGUAGUUAGCUCAGUUAGUUUUAGUAGCUGUAACCUGGUCUGUUUGAUUGGGAUGGCAAAUAAUGUGGAGUAAAUAAUGUGGAUGAAGACUGAGGUGGAAACCGCAGAAAGGACAUAAAACCUGUGCCAAAACAAACUAGCGGAUCAGAUGACCCCGGACAGGGAACACCCGAAGGACGACGACGACAUCAUCAUUAAACAUUGUAGCUGAAAGCAAAUCAGAGAUGCUGUUCUCUGAUCGGUGCAGAGUUGGGACGAUGCAGGCACACAGAGAGGGGAAAACUCUGAGAUCUUGUCUCAACUUGUAAAUUUUAAAGAAUAUAGAGGGUACGAUGUGUGUGUAUGUGUGCGUGUGUGUGAGAGAGAGAAUGGAUGAGGAUGUGGUGGAGCACUUAAGCUCUACAAACCAACUGAGACCUUUAUUAUAUUAGCAUAGAGUGUUUAAAGCUUUACGAUUUUAUGCAGGAGCAGUGGGACUUCUUAUACAGUGCUGUCUAAUGAUGUACAAUAAGGACCGUUGUUGUACAUGUCGAUAAUAUCGAAAUGUUUGAUUUGUGUGUAUGAUACGGUGUAGACAAGGGUUAUGUCAUGUCAGAAUUAGUGAAAUAUCAAUAAAUUAUGGUGUAUCUGGAUCAUAUUAAUCACCCGCAUGUAGUUUUAUGUGUAUUCUACUACUGACUAGAGUUGGAAUUAAGGCUAAUGUCAGCUGUGUGUCUGUGUUGUGUCCUUGUGCAUGUGUUUUCAUAUGUGAUUGGGAACUUCAUGGGAUGUAAAAGAUGUCUGACAUCUAUGGGUUUGUCCCUGACCUUCCACAUACACACACAUAAUUUCCUCAACUCCCCAAACUGUCGUUUGCUGCCUGUCUGUCUGUCUGUCUAAGAAAGAACACCUCGUUAUGAGCACUCGAACAUGCUCAUUAAACUGUUUUUAAUCAUUUGACGCAUUUUGUCUCGAGUCGUACGUGGCGUGGCUGAUCUUCAUCCUUUAAACUCGGUCCUCUCUUCACCUCACCUCUGUAUUGAACUAUGCUAUUGACACUAACGUGAGCAUCUUUUUCUUACAAAGUGAGGACCUUGUAAAUCUUUUCCAUUUUUAUAUACUAUGACAGUUCCCUAAAAUCGUUCAUACUCAUAUUGACAUAUUUACCCAUGUCCUCAUUGGUGCACUUUUUCUUUUUUUUUUAGAUCUUUUAUGUUUUAGAUAUUACAAGUAAAUUUUUAGAUUAUUCUUUAGCUACAGGUACAGUAGGUGGUACAGUGUGCAAGUUCAAGUAAAUAAGUUUGUCCAAUGAUUCCUUUGUUUUAAGGAGGGCAGGGGUUGAGUAAUACUGUGGCAUUAUAUAUGUCGGCUGAAGUUUGAUGCCACAGCGCAUUCAGCUUGUGUGGUGAAUAGAAACACAUUGCCAAGGGCUAAUUUUAUUUCGCCUCAAGUUGCAGCUUUAACCAAGUAUAUAUGGGGUUUUUUUUUUUUUUUUGCUUUUCCUUCUCUCUCUCUUUCUCUAUAGUUCUGUAUCUUUCUUACUGAAACACUGUAUUUUUAGAGAAAGUACUGCUCUGCCUUGUGAAAGGAAAAAUCAUGUCUAUGGAUGUAAUUUUUUUUGCCUCAAUAAACGAUACAUUUAUCUGUACAUUCAAUAAAAACAAAUUUUGUCAAGACA